GGAUUAUUUUUAGCAACAACGAGCCAUGGUUACAAGUCCGGCGGUUUUCUCUCAGCACUCUGCGGAACUUUGGAAUGGGGAAGAGGAGCAUUGAGGAGAGGAUACAGGAGGAAUCUGACUACUUGCUGGAAGAGAUCAACAAAACAAAGGGAACACCUUUUGACCCAACCUACAUGCUGAGCUGUGCUGUCUCCAAUGUCAUAUGCUCUGUCGUCUUUGGGAAACGAUAUGAUUAUAAAGACAAGAAGUUCUUGGCCUUGAUGAAGAACACGAACAACAUCUUUGAGAUGACAAACUCCCACUGGGGACAGCUCUACCAGAUGUUCUCAAAGAUCCUGGAUUACUUGCCUGGCCCCCAGCACAAUAUAUUUGCAGAAAUUGAUGCUCUAAAGGCCUUUGUGGCAGAGGAGGUGAAGUUGCACCAAGCCUCCCUAGAUCCCAACUCCCCUCAGGAUUUCAUCGACUGCUUCCUCAGCAAAAUGCAGGAGGAGAAAGAUCAUCCCAAUUCCAGUUUCCACAUGAAGAACCUUAUAACGUGCACCUUCGACUUGUUCUUCGCUGGAACUGAGACAACUAGCACCACCGUACGAUAUGGGCUUCUGCUUCUUCUCAAAUACCCAAAGAUACAAG